AUGAAGAGACAGGAGGCUGAUACUCUGUCCAAGGCUCGGACUAUGGGGUCCUCCAAUAAAAUGGGUGGUCUUUUGUCUCAUGCACCGGAUGCAACAAGAAGUUGGCAAAAUCAGGGACUACCCUCCAGUGCAACACAUGUGUUAAUGCUGAUGCCACCGGUGUUAUCAGCUCUCAACAACCCUGAAACUACUAACCUACUACAGAUAACAAAGGGUGGAGAGGAGCUACCAAACUGCCUUGAAGAGUUAACUCACAAGCAGUUCGUAUUUAAAAUCCGUGUUACACCUUACAAUUUCACACCUAAUCACCGUAGCUUCAUUAUCUCCAUUAUCUUUGAAUAUCUCAUCAUUGACAUUCAAGCCGCAGUGGGGUAA